UAGAACCUUCCGCUGUGUCACCUGCCUGAGGGGGCUGGCGCUGUGUCCCUCCGAAGCCCACCGGUCUGGGGCGCGGCGGGUGGGGGUCCCUCGGAGGAAGCUGGUGCGCGCUGGCCACCUCGCUGAGGAGAUGCGCUGAGGCCAGAGGCUGACCAUGGCCCAGCGGGCCGUGUGGGUCAUCAGGCACGAGCCGGGCACUCCGCCGUGUGGCUCCGUCAGGUUCUCCAGACGGUAUCCGACUGUUGAAAAACGAGCCAGCAUCCUCAACAGAGCAAGUUACGUGCCAAUUCCUGAAGACGGGCCCUUUCUCAGAGCAUUACUGUUCGAACUUAGGUUACUGGAUGACGAUAAGGCCUUCGUGCAGAGUCGCGAUAGCUGUUCACACGUCAAUAAAACCUCCAUCUAUGGACUCCCCGUAGGAGGUGAAGAACUCUGGCCAGUGGUUGCUUUUCUGCAGAAUAGCAUGAUAUAUGCUUGUGUUCCACUGGUUGAACAAGCUCUGUGCCCUCGUCCACCGUUGAUUAGCAUUAGCGGGAUUUCACAAGGCUUGGAACUGCUUUUUGGGAUACAGGAUUUUCUUUCCUCAGGUCAAAAAAAUGACACGGACCUAAAUACGAAAUUGAGCCAGUUGCCUGACUUGCUGCUACAGACUUGCCCGUUUGGCACUGUAUUAGAUGCCAACUUACAAAACUUACUGGAUAAUGUUAGCUUGACUUCUGUGACUCAGCCACAGAAACAGCCAGCCUGGAGAGCUGGAACAUACAAAGGAAAACCACAAGUUUCAGUUUCUAUCACUGAGAAGAUAAAAUCCAUGCAAUAUGGGAAACAAGAUAUAGCCGACACUUGGCAAGUUGUGGGAGUGGUCACAUGCAAGUGUGAUGUGGAAGGAGUCAUGCCGAAUGUAACUGUCAGCUUGAAUCUCCCCACCAAUGGGUCUCCGCUGCAGGACAUUUUAGCUCAUCCUUGUGUGACUUCUUUGGACUCUGCCGUGUUGACGUCUAGCAGUGUAGAUGGAAUGGAUGAUCCUGCAUUUAGUGGACCUUACAAAUUGCCAUUCAUUCCACCUCUGGAGUCAUUCAACCUGUGCUACUAUACUUCCCAGGUCCCUGUUCCACCAAUUUUGGGAUUUUAUCAAAUAAAGGAGGAAGACACACACCUAAAAAUAACAGUUAAUUUAAAACUUCAUGAAAGUGUAAAAAACAGUUUUGAAUUCUGUGAAGCUCAUAUACCUUUUUAUAAUAGAGGUCCAAUUACACAUUUGGAAUACAAAGUUAGCUUUGGCCAGCUUGAAGUAUUUCGAGAGAAAGGCUUAUUGGUUUGGAUUAUUGGCCAGAAGUUUCCCAAAUCAAUGGAAAUCAGUCUUUCUGGAACUGUAACUUUUGGAGGCAGAAGCUCUGAGAAGCAACCACUUGACCCAGUUUGCAUUGGAGGUACAGCAUAUUUAAAGCUUCAUUUUAGGAUCUUGGAUUACACACUCACUGGCUGUUACGCGGAUCAGCAUUCUGUUCAAGUUUUUGCAUCAGGAAAACCAAAAAUAAGUACACACCGGAAACUAAUUUCUUCAGAUUACUAUAUUUGGAAUUGUAAAGCUCCUGCUCCAGUAACAUAUGGAUCCUUGUUGCUAUAAUUUUCUCAUAUGUAGAUGGGACUUACAAUACUAGUAACAUAGUUUAAAUGAUAUCAUAAUUGGGGGAUUUUUCCCCCAGAUUCAUGACCUGUGAAUGAAAAAUCAUUGAUUGAUUUUUAAUUAGAAAAAUAUUUUGACUUGAUCUUUUUAGUCUGACAUUUGUUACAGGACCAUUUCCAAGGGCGAUGUCGUUUUAAUCUUGCACAGUGUCAUUCACAACAGGGAGGAAGAGUGAAUCACUUUGGCUCCUGCAGACUCCUCUGGGGCCAUUAUGCCCUGUACGUUCCUGCCCUGUCUCAGUGCAACAGACAUUGCCAAUCAAUCGCAGCUCCUUCCUACACUGAGCCUUCCUGGGUUAGAGGUCUGGCUCCUUCUGAGUGCGGAGUUGGAGGCCGCUACUGCAGUAAUUUGUGGAAGACAUGCAAGACAGUGCUCAGCUCUUCCAACUUACGUACUGAGCUCUUGGUUCAGCAUGUCAACUGCCGGAGACCCCCCAGCAGCCGAUGGAGACAGUGGAGAACUAUUCCUGUGCUGUCCUGCUCUUAGAACUCUUCUGUGCACUAAUAAAGCACCUGCAUCAU